CGUGCGUGUUUCCGGCUCCGCUGCAGAAGGCGGACGACCGGAGCCGUUGGGCCCAAAGCGACCCGAGCGAACCGGGAGAGCGCGGGAGUCGAGUGCGGAGCUCGGGGCGUGGAUCGGGGCCGGCGCGAUGGGCGGGGAGCAGGAGGAGGAGCGGUUCGACGGCAUGUUGCUGGCCAUGGCGCAGCAGCACGAGGGCGGCGUGCAGGAGCUUGUGAACACCUUCUUCAGCUUCCUUCGACGUAAAACAGACUUUUUCAUUGGUGGAGAAGAGGGGAUGGCGGAGAAGCUCAUCACACAGACCUUCAACCACCACAACCAGCUGGCACAGAAGGCCCGGCGGGAGAAGAGAGCGCGGCAGGAGACCGAGCGGCGGGAGAAGGCGGAGCGGGCAGCCAGGCUGGCCAAGGAGGCCAAGUCAGAGACCCCUGGGCCCCAGAUCAAGGAACUGACGGAUGAGGAGGCAGAGCGGCUGCAGCUGGAGAUUGACCAGAAAAAAGAUGCAGAGAAUCAUGAGGCCCAGCUCAAGAAUGGCAGCCUUGGCUCUCCGGGGAAGCAGGAGGCUGAGGAGGACGAGGAGGAGGAAGACGAGAAGGACAAAGGAAAACUGAAGCCCAACCUCGGCAACGGGGCAGACCUGCCCAGUUACCGCUGGACCCAGACCCUGUCGGAGCUGGACCUGGCUGUGCCUUUCCGUGUGAACUUCCGGCUGAAGGGGAAGGACGUGGUGGUGGACAUCCAGCGGCGCCAUCUCCGCGUGGGGCUCAAGGGGCAGCCGGCCAUCAUUGAUGGGGAACUUUACAACGAGGUGAAGGUGGAGGAGAGCUCGUGGCUCAUUGAGGACGGCAAGGUGGUGACCGUGCAUCUGGAGAAGAUUAAUAAGAUGGAGUGGUGGAGCCGCUUGGUGUCCAGUGACCCUGAAAUCAAUACCAAGAAGAUUAACCCCGAGAACUCCAAGCUGUCAGACCUGGACAGUGAAACUCGAAGCAUGGUGGAAAAGAUGAUGUAUGACCAGAGGCAGAAGUCCAUGGGGCUGCCCACCUCGGAUGAGCAGAAGAAACAGGAGAUUCUGAAAAAAUUCAUGGAUCAGCAUCCAGAGAUGGAUUUUUCCAAGGCCAAAUUCAACUAGCUCCUGCAUUUGCCUCCCUGAACUUUUGAGGCCGAGACCCAGCCAUCUGACUUCCUUCCUCUCCCUUCCCUGGAACUUGGGAGCCUCAGGGCUGAGGCAGGCGCAGGGCUGGCCCAGGCACACAGGUCCCUGAGCACCAUGGGAGAGGGCCUGGUGGGGGUCCCGUCCUCCCCACUUGGCCAAUGUUACACAUUAAAGCUAUUUACUGGCUCUA